GGUCGAAGCGUUCACUCCGCCUGAUAUUCCGGGACCUUCUUCAUUUAUUAUCUACAAUUCCCCCGCCGCCAGACUGCAACCUCUUCCGCAUCCUGUCGCCCACAAUGGCUCUGCGCGCACCUCUUACGCGCGCUGCGAAGCGUACAACGUCGAUAACACCCGCCACAUCCGUCCUGUCGCCGUACACCUCGCAGUGGAGAAGAGGCAAUGCCACAGUCGUCGCCCCACAAGCAACGCCCGGCUCCAAGGGACCUACUGCCAUGGUCUUUAUGAACAUGGGAGGGCCCGCGACCACAGAUGAAGUCCAUGGCUUCCUAAGCAUGUUGUUCGCCGACAAAGACCUCAUUCCUCUCGGCCCUUUCCAGAACUACAUCGGACCGUAUAUUGCACGGAGGCGAACACCCAAGAUCCAGAAACAGUACGCAGAGAUUGGUGGCGGAUCGCCAAUCAGGAAGUGGUCAGAAUAUCAAGCGGCAGAAAUGUGUAAAAUAUUGGACAAGACGUCGCCAGAAACUGCGCCCCACAAGCCAUACGUCGCUUUCCGCUAUGCGAAUCCCCUCACCGAGGACACCUACAAACAAUUGCUGGCAGAUGGGUUUGGCGGUGGCAACGGUGGCAGAGCGGUGGCUUUCACACAAUAUCCUCAGUAUUCGUGCUCUACGACCGGCUCCUCGCUUAAUGAGCUUUGGAAAUGGCGGACAAGGUUAGAAGGCAAGAGAAGCACCGGAGAAAUCGAGCCAGAAGGAUCGAUCAAGUGGAGCGUGAUCGAUCGAUGGCCGGCACACGCUGGACUCGUCGAGGCAUUUGCACAGCACAUCGAGAAGAAGCUGGCAGAAUACCCGCCAGAGCGAAGAGAUAACGUUAUCUUACUAUUCUCCGCGCACAGCUUACCCAUGACCGUUGUCAACCGCGGCGAUCCCUAUCCCUCCGAAGUCGCAGCUACCGUUUACGCCGUGAUGCAGCGUCUAGCUAUGAAAUACAAGUACCGCCUCGUCUGGCAAUCGCAAGUAGGACCACAGCCCUGGCUCGGAGCGCAGACGUCCGAUACGGUCAAGGAGUACAUGAAGAAGGGGCAGACGGACAUGCUCCUGAUUCCAAUCGCUUUCACCAGUGACCACAUCGAGACGUUGUACGAGCUGGACAAAGAAGUCAUCGGUGAGGACGCUGAAGGUCACGAGGGCGUGAGGCGCGUGGACAGCCUAAACGGCAGCCCGGUCUUCAUUAAAGCGCUUGCAGACAUAGCCAAAACGCACCUGCAAAGCGGAAAAGCAUGCAGUCACCAGAUGACCCUGCGUUGUCCGAAAUGUACUAGCGAGAGGUGUCUGGCACAGAAGGAGUUUUUUGCUGGCCAGUCGCAGCAAUUGGAGGCUGCCGCAUAGUCUGAAGAAGGCAGUAAUGUAGCGUGCGUAUGUGUACCUGUAUGAGUAGUGUACGGCGUUUUCAGCAAAAUGUACAAUCCAUGUAGCUAGAAAGCAUAUUAUUUACGAAGAA